CCCACCAGUUCUGAAACGUCACCAUCCGAAAUAACGCGAAAAUGAACGGAACCACCGGCGAACCGACCUCCACGGAGACUAACAAGAAGCAGCCGACCGGCGAACCGACCUCCACGGAGACUAACAAGAAGCAGCCGGCCGGCGAACCGACCUCCACGGAGACUAACAAGAAGCAGCCGGCCGGCGAACCGACCAAGCUACGCCCCGGUGGCGUGUCGUCGGCGCCACCGUACGAGUCGAUGCUCAGGUCCACGAUGUACGAGCGGUUACGCGCGCAGCACCCGGCGGAGUUCGAACCCGCGAGCGUCUUCUUCACGCACGAUGAGCGGAGCUUCAUCGACCGGCGCAAAAGCUUGCGGGUGAAGGCCGCGCUCGUCUACGAGGCCGUCACGGGCCGUCACGAAGACGACGACCAGAUGCAGAGCGCCAAAAUCCUACUCCUGGCUCUCGCCAAGAAAUGCCACUCCAAAAUGCACCCAGAAACCGCCGUCGUCCAUGGUGGUGGUCGUGGUACUGGUACUGCUGGAGAAACGGGAGGAGAUGCCGCCGACGAAACUGGCUGGGACGAUAAGAUGAUGCGCGUGCUCGACGGCAUCUUCCUCGUCGUCGGCUUCCUGCCAAAGCUCAACGAAGCGAUCAGCAGCAGCAACGCCGACCGCGACUCCGUCGACCAGAGCUUCAGGUCGCGCCACAUGCUCGAGAUGGUCGCGGACGUGGUCAAGCUCGAGAACCAGCUACUCUGGCUGCAGGACCUGCUCGAUGUGGCAGGCCACAUCGAGGCCGUCAUCAAGGAGACCGUCGAGCAACACGAUUUCAGGGACGUCAAGAAAGCCAUGGGACGCGAGUACAAGCAGGAGGUGACGGCGCAGAACCUCGCCGACGUCAUCCACCGCUUCUGCUGGUACUACUCGCCCUUCGCCACCAAGAAGCCCGCCCCGGACAGCCCGUUCAAGGACGUCGUGGCCAACAAGGAGAUGGCGGCGAAGCGCACGCUCCUGGACUGCCUGCACAUGAGCGUGGUGAAGCCGUCGUCGCACGGCAAGGGCGGGAGCGGCGGCAUCGGCAGGCCGUCUCGCAUGCCGACGGCGAGGGAUCUCUGGCGGUCCGGGGUCCGUCUCCAGGCCUCCGAGAACGGCCGCGCCGAGAUCGAGUUCGCGCAGCCGACGCUGUGGCUGCCGGCCCUGGUGUACGACUUCAAGCUGGCCACGGUGGCCCGGAACCUCCUGGUGCUGGAGUACGACGAGGAGCAGAGCAAGCCGAUCACGCGCUACUUCCAGAUGAUGAACGAGAUCGUCGAGGACGCGGCCGACGUGCGGAUCCUCCGCCGCGCCGGCGUGGUCCGCGGCGGGCAGGAGGUGCACGAGCUCAUCAAGAACAUCGACAGCCGUGCCAUGUACCCGUCCGUGUACAUGGCCAUGGACCGGGAGAUCGACAAGGUGAGAGAGUACCACGACAAGAGGAUGGCCAGCUUCUUCGUCCGCAACCGCCCCGGCGUGAUCUGGGCCUCGUCCGUGGCCGCCAUCUCGAUGGCGGCUGUCGUCGCCUCGAUGAGGAAACGGGGCUAAAGCGAACAACGGAGGGAUCAGCUGUCAAUUUAUUGAUGUGUACGAUAUCUACAUGUACAUGUAUUGCAACUUAUUGAUGCGUUGUAAGGCGUAUCAUGGUCCGAACGCGCAAUACGACUGUGUAAGCGAACUGAUGAUUGAUUAUAUAUAUAUAUAUAUAUAUAUAUAUAUAUAUAUAUAUAUAUAUAUAUAUAUAUAUAUAUAUAUAUAUAUAUAUAUAUAUAUAUAUAAAUGUAAUAAAGCAAUAAAGUUCAACAGAUAA